UGACUGUAGUUCAGCAACCUGUGUUAGACCAAUAUAAUAGCCUACAAGCACUCUGAUCUCAUGACUUACUUCCUGGUCGUCAUUUUCCUUCUGUGAAGUGCCUGUGUUAUCGAACCUGCUACUAUGGUUAUUCUAAAAGGAAUACCGUCCAUUCUGUCGCCAGAGUUGCUGUAUGCCCUGGCCAAGAUGGGCCACGGAGACGAACUGGUUCUGGCUGAUACAAACUUCCCUACCUCCUCCACCUGCACCUGCGGUCCCAUUGAGAUCCGAGCUGAUGGUCUAAGGGCUGCUGAGCUUUUGGAGGCUAUUUUGAAGCUAUUGCCCCUGGAUACCUACGUCCCCAGCCCAGCUGCCGUGAUGGAGUUGGUGGACAGUGACAAAGAAAGGGGAGUAGCCACUCCUGUAUGGGACAUCUUCAGACAGAAGCUGGCACAUGCUGGCGUACAGGCUCCUCUAGAGAAGGUGGAGAGAUUUGCAUUCUAUGAACGAGCCAAGAAAGCCUUUGCUGUUGUAGCAACUGGGGAGACAGCGCUCUAUGGGUGCCUGAUACUGAAGAAGGGAGUCAUCCCGGGUGAACUACUAGAUUGACACACACGUUGAAUGUUAUCGACGGGGCACAACCAAAUUUUGCAUUACCUAACAAAUGACCUAAGAAUUUGAGUUUGCAUGUUUCUGAGAAACAUCUAGAUUUUCUUUAAAAAUAUAUAUUAUUUUAAUGUUGAUGUCAAGAUCCAUCUGAAAUCUAAUAUGCAAUGUAUCGAUUGUAAAUAAACAAUGUAGUGAUUUUUC